AUGGCCAAGUAUGUCUACAAAACGACCGCCGGAGUCUCCCGCAUUCUCAACCGUACACCUCCGGCGUCUGCUUCCAUUUCAAUGGCGUUCUUGAAGCUACCUCCCCAGUUCUCCCGCCUUAGCUUCCCAUUUACCACAUCUUCAAGUGUCUUAUCUAAAUCCCUAUACUACUCCACCACUGCCACUCCAUAUCCUCUGCAGUACGACAUGAUCAUAUCCCGCCCGGCUAAUCAGCAAAACCGAAUUUCUGACCGCCGCCGCCGCGGUCGCCGCCUAUUGGACUCUCCCAGAUCAAAUACCGGCGACCCCGAAGACCAGCCGGAGUCCGAAGAGCUCGGGUUCGAUGAUUGGGUGGAUAAGAAGUUGAGCUCUGCUGAAAUGGAUAAGUCCAAGAGGAAAUACUACAAUAAGAGGAGAAAGAGGAUGUACGGUACGGAUUCUGAAGACGAGAAUAAUCGACAACAAGGGAAUGAUCUUGUUGAAUUGAAGCAAGAAGUAGUGGAGCUUCGCACAUUGCACAAGAGAGAAGAAGAGCUGUAUUUCUACGACACGUUUGCGUAUCCCUGGGAGAAAGACAAGCAUUACAAGAUGGUUUAUCAGAUGGAGAAGAAGUACUUCCCUGAUCAGGGUUUCGAUAAGGCUUUUCUUGAUCCCGGUCAAUCUAACGAGAGGGACAAGAAGAGUAAAAGUGAUAAACCAGUGAAUAAAACCAGGGACGUGAAAGAGAAGGACGAGGAAGACAAAAAGAUGCUGUUUUUUGAUGAUGAAGGAGAUGACAAGGAGAAAGUGAGUGAGGCUGCUGGGGGUAGUGAAUUGAAGAUUGAUGUUUCAGAGAAAAAAGUUGAGGAGUUCUUCAAGUGCUUGAGGAAAGUCCCCAAUGAAAACAGUGAGACGGCUAAUCCCGAGCCUUUCCUGUCCUCUCGUAGUACAGGGCUUCCUCGUCAAUGGGAUACCCCUAGAGGCUCUGUGGUUCUGGUCAAUAAACCAAAAGGUUGGACGUCGUUUACAGUUUGUGGGAAGCUGCGUCGCCUUGUCAAAGUGAAAAAGGUGGGCCAUGCUGGAACUCUUGAUCCCAUGGCGACUGGUUUGUUAAUAGUAUGCAUUGGCAAAGCAACGAAAGUGGUUGAUAGUUAUCAAGGUAUGGUCAAGGGUUACAGCGGGAUCUUCCGUCUGGGAGAAGCUACAUCAACUUGGGAUGCUGAUUCACCCGUUAUUCAACGUGAACCAUGGGAACAUAUCAAGGAGGAGGAUCUAAAAAAGAUUGCUGCGUCAUUUUGUGGUGAAAUAUGGCAAGUUCCCCCUAUGUUCUCUGCCAUCAAAGUUGGUGGGGAGAAGAUGUACGAGAAAGCAAGAAGAGGAGAAAGUAUUGAACUUUCACCUAGACGAAUUUCAAUUUUCCAGUUUGACGUGGAACGAAGCUUGGAAGACAGACAAAAUGUGAUCUUUCGAGUGACAUGUUCAAAAGGAACAUACAUCCGUUCCCUCUGUGCUGAUUUUGGAAAGGCUCUCGGCAGUUGUGCUCAUUUGACAGCGCUGCGGAGAGAUUCAAUUGGAGAAUACUUAGCAGAUGACGCGUGGGAAUUUCGAGAACUGGAAGAAGCAAUUACCAAAAGCUAUUUAUAG